AUGGAUAGACAUUUAAAUAGAAAGAAAGGUUAUUUAAUUCUUGAAGAUGGAGUUAAAUAUGAAGGUUUUGUAUUUGGAGCAACCAAAUCUGUCAAUGGAGAAUGUGUUUUCACAACAGGUAUGGUUGGAUAUCCCGAAGCCAUCUCUGAUCCAUCGUACACUGGUCAGAUCUUGGUAUUCUCCUACCCUUUGAUUGGAAACUAUGGUGUUCCAUCGUUUGGAGAGGUCGACCCCAACUCUAAGCUUCCAGUCAAUUUCGAGUCGGACAAGGCACACGUCCAAGCCAUCAUCUGUUCCGACUACACCGACGACUAUUCACAUUGGGCUGCCGAAAGCUCGCUUUCAGAGUGGCUCGAGAGUGCCGGUAUCCCAGGUCUCUAUGGUAUCGACACCCGUUCCCUCAUCACUCAUAUCCGUGUUAAGGGCUCACUCAUGGGCAAGGUCAUUGUCGAGGGGUGCGAGCCAGAGGCCAAGAUCCCAUUCGAAGACAUUAAUCUCAGAAACUUGGUUGCCGAGGUCUCCACCAAGCAAAUCCGUACCUUCCAAGCCGCUCCAAACGUCCGCAAGAACAAGCGUGUCAUCGUCUUGGAUUGCGGUGUCAAAUAUAACCAACUACGUAUUCUCUUGAAUCGUGGUAUGGAUCUCAAGGUUGUCCCAUGGGACUACGACGUCCUCGCCAAUGAAAAGGAUGAAGAAUGGGAUGGUCUAUUCAUCUCCAACGGUCCUGGUGAUCCUUCACUCUGCACUACUGCCAUCAAUAAUAUUAGAAAGGUUUUAAAUCUUUCAAAACCAAAACCAGUAUUUGGAGUUUGUAUGGGUAAUCAAUUAUUGGGUUUGGCAGCUGGAGCCAAGACACACAAGAUGCCAUUUGGUAACCGUGGUUUGAAUCAACCAUGUGUCGAUCAGAUUAGUGGACGUUGUCACAUCACCUCACAGAAUCAUGGUUUCGUUAUUGAUACAGACUCGCUCCCAAAGGAGAGUGGAUGGAAUGCAUAUUUUAUCAAUGCCAACGACCAGUCCAACGAAGGUAUCUACCACAAGGACAAGCCAUUCUCAUCGGUUCAGUUCCAUCCAGAGGCUCGUGCCGGUCCCACCGACACCGAGUACCUCUUUGACAACUUUGUACAAAAUGUUUUGGGUGUCGAGUGGACAUCGCCCAUGAACAAGUCCAAGAUCAUCGAGACGCCAAAGGGCAUCACCAAGGUGUUGUUGCUCGGUAGUGGUGGUCUCUCGAUUGGCCAAGCCGGCGAGUUUGACUAUUCCGGUUCACAAGCCAUCAAGGCACUCAAGGAAGAGGGCAUCAAGACGGUCUUGAUCAACCCCAACAUUGCCACUGUCCAGACCAGCCCAGGUCUCGCUGACAAGGUAUACUUUUUGCCCGUCAACGCCGCCAGCGUCACCAAGGUCAUCAUCAAUGAGAAGCCCGACGGCAUCCUCGUCACCUUUGGUGGACAGACCGCGCUCAACUGCGGUAUCGAGCUGUACAAGAGCGGUAUCCUCGAAAAGUACAACGUCAAGGUCAUGGGUACCCCCAUCGACACCAUCAUCUCCACCGAAGAUCGUGGUAUCUUUGCCGAGAAGUUGGCCGAGAUCAACGAACGUAUUGCCCCAAGCGAGGCUUGCAACACCAUGGAAGAGUCGUUGGAGAGUGCCAAAAAGAUUGGUUAUCCAGUGAUUGUCCGUGCCGCCUAUUGUCUUGGUGGUUUGGGUUCUGGGUUUGCCAACAACCCCGAAGAGCUCACUGCUCUUGUCACCGAGGCAUUGGCCACAUCCACUCAGGUGCUCAUUGAAAAGUCACUCAAGGGAUGGAAGGAAAUCGAAUAUGAAGUGCUCCGUGACAGUCACGACAACUGUAUCACAGUGUGUAACAUGGAAAACUUUGAUCCAUUGGGUAUUCAUACUGGUGAGUCGAUCGUCGUUGCCCCAUCGCAAACCUUGACGGAUCGCGAAUACCAAAUGCUCCGUGAGGUUGCCAUCAAGACUGUGCGUCAUCUCGGUGUCGUCGGUGAGUGCAACAUCCAGUAUGCCUUGAACCCCGACAACGAAGAGUACUGCAUCAUCGAAGUCAAUGCCCGUCUCUCGCGUUCCUCGGCCCUUGCCUCCAAGGCUACUGGCUACCCAUUGGCCUUUAUCUCGGCCAAGGUCGCCCUCGGCUAUGAUUUGGCCACCCUCCGUAACAACAUCACCAAAAAGACAACUGCCUGCUUCGAGCCAUCGCUCGACUACCUCGUCGUCAAGAUGCCACGUUGGGAUUUGAAAAAGUUUAGUCGUGUCUCUCCCAAGAUCAGCUCGUCGAUGAAGUCGGUUGGUGAGGUCAUGUCGAUUGGUCGCAAGUUUGAAGAGGCCAUCCAAAAGGCCAUUCGUAUGGUCACUGACAACUCUGUCGAUGGUUUUGCACCAGGCAUCUACCCAACCAGCGACGAAGAGCUCGAGCACCCCACCAACAACCGUAUCCUCGUGCUUGCUAGCGCCUUUGCCGACGGAUACACUGUCGAGCGUGUCCAUCAACUCACCAAGAUCGACCGUUGGUUCUUGACCAAGCUCAAGGACAUCAUCGACUUGGAGAACCGUAUGGUCAAGAUGAACUCGGGUGAACUCCCACGCAACGUCAUGUUGUACGCCAAGCAACAAGGUUUCUCGGACAAGCAGAUUGGUCGUGCCAUCGGCACCACCGAGUUGGCCGUGCGUGAGAUGAGAAAAAAGAUGGAUAUCAUCCCAUUCAUCAAGCAUAUCGAUACGGUUGCUGCUGAAUUCCCAGCACAAAACAAUUACCUCUACAUGACAUACAAUGCUCAAGACGAUGACAUUGAGAUCAAGGACAAGGCAUACAUUACACUUGGUAGUGGUGCCUACCGUAUUGGUAGCUCAGUCGAGUUUGAUUGGUGCGCCGUCUCUUGUAUUCGUACACUCCGUAAACUCGGUCAAAAGUCAAUCAUGAUCAACUUUAAUCCAGAGACUGUGUCGACCGAUUACGACGAAUGCGACUACCUCUUUUUCGAAGAGUUGUCGUUGGAGAGAGUCAUGGAUAUCUACGAAGUCGGUGGCCCCGACUCUAACAAUGGUGUCAUCCUCUCGGUCGGUGGUCAAAUCCCCAACAACCUUGCUAUCCCAUUGUCGCGUUGCAAUGUCAAGGUGCUCGGAACUCACCCCGACUCGAUCGACUCUGCCGAGAACCGUUACAAGUUCUCGCGUAUGCUCGACGCCAUUGGCAUCGAUCAACCACUCUGGAAGGAGUUGACCAGCGUCGACGACACCAAAGAGUUUUGUGAGACCGUCGGGUUCCCAUGCUUGGUGCGUCCAUCGUACGUCUUGUCGGGUGCCGCCAUGAACGUCGUCAACAGCUCCAGCGAGCUCGAAGCCUUCUUGACCGAGGCUGCUGCCGUGUCCCGUGACUACCCAGUCGUCAUCUCCAAGUUUAUUCAAGAGGCCAAGGAGAUUGAAAUCGACGCUGUCGCUGACAAUGGCCAAAUCGUCUUGUUUGCCAUCUCUGAGCACGUUGAAAACGCUGGUGUCCAUUCUGGAGACGCCACCAUUGUCUGUCCAGCCCAAGAUCUCGACGCCAACACCAUCGCCAAGAUUGAAGAGACUGCCCGUAAGAUUGCCGCUGCUCUCGCCGUCUCUGGCCCAUUCAACAUCCAAUUCAUUGCCAAGAACAAUGAGAUCAAGGUCAUUGAGUGCAACCUCCGUUGCUCGCGUUCCUUCCCAUUUGUCAGCAAGACAUUAAACGUUGACUUUAUCGAGUUGGCCACCAAGAUCAUCAUCCAAGCCGACUACAAGAUUCCUCAACUCGACCAACCAAACUUUGUCGGUGUCAAGGUGCCACAGUUCUCCUUUAUCCGUUUGAAGGGUGCCGAUCCAGUGCUCGGUGUUGAAAUGGCAUCGACUGGUGAGGUUGCCUGUUUUGGUAACACUCGUGAGGAGGCCUACAUCAAGGGUUUGAUCUCGACCGGUUUCCGUGUCCCCGAAAAGAACGUACUUCUCUCGAUUGGUUCGUUCAAGGAGAAACAAGAGUUCCUCUCGUCGGCCCGUAAGUUGGUCGACCAAGGAUACGUCCUCUUUGGCACCAAGGGUACUGCCGAUUUCUACACUGAAAACAAUGUAGAAUGCAUGCAAUUGGAUUGGGACGAAGAGGGUCAAGGUGACAAUAUCACCAAAAAGAUGACCGACAAUACCAUCCAUCUCUUUAUCAACUUGCCAUCCAAGAACAAGUACCGUCGUCCAUCGUCGUUUAUGUCUCGUGGAUACUCGUUGCGUCGUGUCGCCGUCGACUUCCAAGUGCCACUCAUCACCAACAUCAAGUGCGCCAAGUUGUUUGUCGAAUCGAUCGCCUUUAUGCGUGGCCCAAUGGCAUUGGACCGUGUCGAUUGUCGCUCAUCGAGCAAGACCAUCACCUUGCCCGGUUUGGUCGAUGUCCACGUACAUUUGCGUGACCCAGGAGCCACCCACAAGGAGGACUGGGACAGCGGUACCGCUGCCGCCUUGGCUGGUGGUUUCACCAUCGUCGGUGCCAUGCCAAACACCUCGCCUGCCAUCAUGGACCACGACACCUUUGAGUUGGCCAAGUCCCUCGCCUCUAGCAAGGCACGUUGCGACUAUGGUAUCUUCCUCGGUGCCACCAUCACCAACACCACCCUUCUCAAUGCCCUUGCACCAGAAUCAAUGGGUGUCAAGAUGUACUUGGAAGAGACAUUUGCUACCUUGCCAUUGCGUGACGAUCUCAACGCCUGGAAGGAGCACGUCAUCAACUGGAACUCACCAUUCCCAAUCUGUGUACACGCCGACGGCCGUAACCUUGCAGCCAUCCUCUUCCUCGGUCACUUGUACAACAAGCAUAUUCAUGUAUGUCAUGUCUCGCACAAGGAAGAAGUUGACUUGAUCCGUGACGCCAAGCUCCGUGGUGUCCAUGUAACCUGUGAGGUCAGCCCACACCACCUUGUCCUCUGUCAAAAGGACAUUGAACGUAUUGGCAGCGGCCAAUCCGAAGUGCGUCCAAAGCUCGGUACCGAAGAGGAUCGUCAGGCCCUCUGGGACAACCUCGACUACAUCGACAUGAUCGCCACCGACCAUGCUCCACACACCUACGAAGAAAAGAUCUCGGCCAAGCCACCCCCAGGUUUCCCAGGUCUCGAGACUUCCUUGCCAUUGAUGUUGACUGCCGUCCACGAAGGUCGUCUCACCCUCCAACGUUUGCGUGAAAUGAUGCACGACAACCCCAUCCGUAUCUUUAACCUCCCCGAACAACCAAACACCUACAUUGAAGUAGAUAUGGACGAGGAAUGGGUUAUCCCCAAAAAGUUGGGUUUCACCCGUUGCGGUUGGACUCCAUUCUCUGGCCUCAAGGUCCGUGGACGUGUCACCCGUGUCGUUCUCAGAGGUAAGCUCGCCUACCUCGAUGGUAAGGUCAUUGCUCAACCAGGAUACGGUCAAAACGUCCGUACCCUCGUACCAACUACCCCAAGAGAAGUAUCCUCUUCGUUGGCCGUGCCAGCCGUCCCAGUAGAGUCAUCACCAAAGAAGCAACCAGCUCAAUCAAUGACUUCACCAAACGUCUUGCCAUUGGUUGGUACCUUGAUCAAAAAGGACAAUGCCAUCCAAUUGUUCCACCCACACGACUCUGCCUCAUUGUCUGCCAUGAAGCACAUCUACACUGUCAAGCAAUUUGACCGUAAGAUCUUGCACAACCUCUUUGGUUUGGCACACGAGAUGCGUCUCCAAGUCAAAAAGUCUGGUGGUUCAGACGCCCUCAAGGGCAAGGUCUUGGCCACUCUCUUUUACGAGCCAUCCACCCGUACCCAAUGCUCAUUCUCUGCCGCCUUUGAGCGUCUUGGUGGAAGCGUCAUUGCAAUCGACUCUGCUUCUUCCUCGGUCGUCAAGGGUGAGUCUUUGGCCGACACUGUUCGUACACUCGAGUGCUACGCCGAUGCUAUCUGCAUCCGUCACCCACAAGUCGGUGCCAUCGACACUGCCAUCAAAUACGCCAAGAAGCCAAUCAUCAACGCCGGUGAUGGUGUUGGUGAACACCCCACCCAAGCCUUGCUCGACGUCUUUACCAUCCGUGAAGAGUUGGGUACCGUCAAUGGCCUCACCAUCACAGUCAUUGGUGACCUCAAGAAUGGUCGUACCGUCCACUCACUCGUCCACCUCUUGUCGCUCUACCAAGUUAAAAUCAACUAUGUUUCACCAGCCUCUUUGGCCAUGCCAGAAAAGAUCAUCAAGGAAUUGACCGAAAAGGGUAUCGAACAACACAUCUACACCAAGUUGACCAACGAAGUCCUUUCCAACACCAACGUUCUCUAUGUCACCAGAGUACAAAAGGAACGUUUCCAAGACUUGGCCGAAUACGAAGCCGUCAAGGAUUCCUUUAUCAUCACCCCACACACCCUCACCCACGCCAUGGAUAACAUGAUCGUCAUGCACCCACUCCCACGUGUCAACGAAAUCUCUCAAGAUGUUGACUCUGAUCCAAGAGCCGCCUACUUUAGACAAAUGGAAAAUGGAAUAGAGGGUCGAGAGGAUGGGGAUAAGAUGGAUAAGAGUGUGCUAGAUAUCAAAGAGAAUGAUAAUGAAAUUGAACUAGGUGCUGAACUAGUCCUUAUUCAACCACACAAUAUAAGAAAUGCUGGUGUCUCGAAAGACUGUUUCGAAGCUUCAUACAACAGAAUUUGA